CUUGGGAGCCAAGGGCCCGCGCCCACAGCCGCCAUGAGGCGGUGACCGUGAUGUCACAGUGGGUGGCAGGGAGCGGCCAUUGUGACGCGUGAGGCUUGGAACAGAGCAAAGGCUGCCGGGCUCAGGCCCAGUCAGUGCGGCCUGGUGAGGCGCAGAGAGAGCAGGGACUCUCGCAGUGCUCGCCAUUGACGCAGAUGAUGUGCGACAGGAAGCGGAAGGCCUCCGACUCGGAGGAGCCAGCGUGCGUGCUGUGCGGCCAGGAAGAUGUUGACCCGGACAUCUGCGGACGCACAUUUGAGCUGUAUGGGUUAUUGGUCCAUGAGUUCUGCUUGAUUUUUGCCGACAUUGACUUUGAAGACAGACCUACUCUGGAAGGAAAUGUGGGCCUCCCCUUUUUUACCAUCACACGCAUGGCCAAGCAGGCAAACCACAAGCAAUGCUGUGUUUGUGGCGAGAGGGGAGCUGCCAUCACGUGCGCAGAGAGCGGCUGUGAACGAAGCUUCCAUCUGCCCUGCGCUGCGGAUGGGGAGUGCCUCACACAGUUCUUUGGAGAGCACAGGUCCUUCUGCUGGGAGCACCGCCCUCGACAGGCAGCAGGGACGGCGCCAGCAGAAGACAGCACCUGUGUCAUCUGCCAGGAGAUGGUGGGGGACAGAUUGUCCUACCACACCCUGGUGUGCCCAGCGUGCACACAGGCCUGGUUCCACCGGGUCUGCAUCCAGCGACAGGCCUUGAAUACGGGCACUAGGCACUUCCAGUGCCCAGGUUGCCGAGACAAAACUCUCUUCUGUACUGAAAUGUCCACGAUGGGGAUCCAAAUCCCAGCCAGACCAUCACGGGAGAGCAAUGAUGCAGACGCAUCGCUUCUAUGGAGGCUCAGGUGCUGCAGUGCCAUCCAGUGCUUUCACCCUGAGGGCAGAGAGCAGACAGAAGAAGAGGGGCCCUGGCAGCUGAUCCGGUGCAGCUCCUGUGCUGCAGAGAGCACCCACAGACAAUGCUCCUACUCGAGCAUCAGAGGGAACAUGUGGGACUGCGACAUCUGUGCUGGCCUGGGGACCGCCACCAGCAGCAUCUUGCUGCUCUCCCGGUGCAGCACUGCCAGCCAGGAGGGCCUGGGGCCAUCACACAGUUCCCAGCUGCCCAAACUCAGCAGCGAGACGAGUGAGCCGGAGACUGAAGACAAGACAAUCCGCUCACAAUUUCCUGACCUGCAAGAUACAUCAAAGCAGCGUCAAGCACAGCGUGGGAGCGGACAUACACCAGUCCCAAGCGCUGAAAGGAGCUCCCACCCAUCCACCAGACGGGGCACGUCACAGUCCUCCAGAGAGGCCACAGCGGCUGCACGCCUUAGAAGGCGCCCCAGGCAGCGGGGAACAAGCCGCAUACGAAGCCGCUCCCCGCUGCAAGGUCGGGCCCUGAGUUCCCAGAGCCGGACCAGAAGACCUGGAGGCAGCAGGCCAACACCAGCUGCAGCUGCUCACAGCAGGACCCCCAGCACAACCAGACGGGUGACACGGAGCUCGCUGAGGGCUUCCCUGCAUUCAGACUCUGGGGGAUGGCCUAGGCAGCCAGGGGAGGCCCGCACACGAAGCCAUUGCUCAGUGGCACGUCGAGCCACAAAUGUCCACAGCCGGCCCUGAGGAGGCUGCAGGAGCCGGUUCCAACAGUGGCGGCUAUCCCCACUGCCAUGAAGGCACUGCUGGGUCCAAGACGGAAGCCAACAUCCCCCCACCUACACCUCCACUCAGCCCCAGAAAAGAUGGCACGGAAGCAGCUGCGUGCCAGCACCACGUGCUGGCUCUCGUCCCAAGUGGCCACCACAAUAAACCCGGCCAUCCCCCCCACAUUUCUUUGUCAGCUGCUUCUUCUUUGCUUGUCCUGAGGUGGGCAGACUUAGGCGCUGGGAUCACAGGGUUUUCUCCUCCUCAGCACCUUCCCAGGGGCUGACACAGCAGCAGGCUGUGCAAAGGCUGCUCAGCAGCCGCAGAAUUGUGCACAGCGGAACUUGACGAGGUCCAACAAGGCUAAGUGCAGGGCCCUCCACCCGGGGAGGAGUAAGGGCACGCUUCUGUAAAGUUAGGAGCUGACCUGCUGGAGAGGAGCUCUGUGGAGAAGGACCUGGGUUCCCUGGCACACAGUGGGGGUGACCGGGAGGCAGCAGCGUGCCCUUGUGGCCAAGAAGGCCAAUGACCACCUGGGCUGCAUUCAAAGGAGCGUGGCCAGCAGGGCAAAAGAAGUUCUCCUCUCCCCCUACUCUGCCCCGGUGAGGCCACACCUGGAGUCCUGUGUCCAGUUCUGAGCUCCUCAGCUCAAGAAAGACAGGGAAGUGCUGGAGAGUCCAGCAAUGGACUCCAAUGAGGGGCCUGCCUGGAGGAGCAUCUUCCUCAGGAGGAAAGGCUGAUACACCUACUGCUGUUUAGCCUGGAGCAGUCUGAGAGGGGAUCUUACCAAUGCUUGUCAGUGCUUAAAUGGUGGCUGUCAAGAGGAUGAGGCCAGACUUUAUUCAUUGCUGCCCAGCAACAGCACCAAGGGGCCAUAGGCACAAACUCUUCCGAAGGAACGCGAUGAAAAAACUUCCUUACUGUGAGGGUGACAGAACACUGGGAGAAGCUGUGCAGAGAGGUUGUGGACUCUCCUUUCCUGGAGAUAUUCAAAACAGGCCCGGAUGCUUUUUUAGUGCAGACUGCUACAGCCCCCAACAUUGGGGUUGCUGGAGCACGUCCAGAG